AUGGUGGGAAAGCUAGGCUAUUUUUUUUUGGUAUAUCUGUCAGUUUUCAAUUACUUCAUUGGGUUUAUCCUGAUUCACGCCGACCAAACUUCCAAUGACUUACGUGGGCUGGAUCUUCACAUAACCCUCAACAUCCAACGCCUCCGCAGGCAAGUAACUCGACGUCGGCACGCUCUUGGAGAUGGCCAUGAUGACAUUAUCAACAACAAGCCUGUGGCCAUUCUCGAACCUCGCCUCGACCGCUCUGCCGCCAUCCUCAGUCGUCACCUCGACCUGCUCCGCGAUCCGGUGGCCCAUCAAAACCUCGACGCCGGCCUCACGGAGCAAGUCCAGGGCGACGUCCUUGCACUCGUCCGACAGGGCCUCGGACGACAGCAGCUUGUCCCUGGAGUGUGCGAGCGUCACCCUGACGUGCGGCUGGACGAGCUUGAGCUCUGCGGCCAUCUCGAUGCCGACGGCGCCGCCGCCGACCACGAGGACUCCGUGACGCGCGCCCGACACGGCCUGCACGUGCGACCCCGUCUCGAGGAGGUACUGCUUGCGGCGGGUGGACUGCGGCACGACGGGCCACACGCGGCGGAGACCAGAGGCCGCGACGAGGAAGUCGUAGGGGAUGAGUUCAUCCGAGGUGGUCUGCGUUACUGCUUCUGGGUCGGUCCGGCUGAUGAUUGCGGUCUUGGUGAAUCCAUCCCGCUCGUCAACGAUGGUGAUAUCAACAUCAAUGGGGAUUUUGGAGUCCUCAGAAUCGUCAACUCUUGCACCACAUCUUGGGGUCUUGCCCGUGCAGAGAUCGAUCAGGUUGAGGGCGGCGGAGAUGCCAGCAUAGGAACCGCCGAUGACGAGGACCUUAUGUUUUCCAAAGGUCAAGUAGCAAAGGGUAUAAAAGCUAUGAUAGUAAUGGUCUAUGGAACCGAGUUACGUCAAGGAACAAAGAGUGGCGAUGGGCUGGUCUUGGAAGGUAAUGAACAACUGCGCACGUGGGAUCACAGCAACAAAAGACACGCGCACCUCGGCCAUUUAGGUCCCGCGCCGUGGAUGAGGGGUGCUUGGGACUGGGUGGACAUCAUGUACAGUAACGCAAUGCCACGCCAUCGUGAUGGAGACGGCCUGCUGGAUCGCCCCGGUAGAUGA